AUGAAGCCCCAGCGUGUCGUCUACCCCUACUACUCCUACGUGCCUCAAGUCGAGUACAGUUUGCCCCGCGAGUACCGCCCUCGCGAGAUGGGUCUCGGUCACGGCCACCCCGCGCACCCUCAGCACGUCGCCAUGCCCGCUCCCCAGCAGCCCGAGGAGCAGGAGGACCAGAAGCCCAUCAUCAUGCCUCAGCCCUCGAAGCCUAACGUGCUCCUUCACUCCUGA